AUGCUCCGAUUUACUCGACAUUAUGUUUCAACUGUUGGCCAUAAAGAAUUCCGGCUACUGCCUGAUUUCCAGCUCAAAUGUGGACUUGAGAUUCAUACCCAAUUGAACACUAGAAACAAGCUGUUUUCGCGGUCUACUAAUGAUCCAUUCGACUCCUACAAUGCUCCCAAUUAUCAUACCUCUUUCUUCGAUGUGGCUCUACCAGGAACACUGCCCAAGCUGAAUUACGAAGCGAUUUUGUAUGCCACUCGAUUGGCCGUGGCUCUCAACAGCGAAGUAAGUUCAUGCUCACAGUUCGACAGGAAGCACUAUUUCUAUGGCGAUCAACCUUUGGGGUACCAGAUCACUCAGCAUUACAAUCCAUUUUCAAAAGGCGGCUUCAUCGAACUCACUAAGGCGUUGGACGGUAUACACCAGGAGCGCCUCCACAUCGAUAUUCUACAACUACAAAUAGAACAGGACACUGGGAAGUCAAUUUACAAGGAGACAGAUCAGACGUCACUGAUCGAUCUGAAUCGAUCCAAUGUUCCUCUGAUAGAAAUGGUAACGCUGCCCAAUUUCUCAGACCUGAAGCAAAUACACUCUUUUAUCAAGAAAUAUCAAAACUUGGUUCGCCACCUGGGGAUUUCUACGGGUGACCUUGAGACAGGAGCGAUGAGGGUCGACGUCAACAUGUCGGUGAACGAUUUUUGUCGGGUUGAACUGAAAAAUUUGCCUAAUACGAGCUCGAUCAUGCGUGCCGUCGAGUUUGAGUACAAGAGACAAGUGGACAUAAUUCGAAGCGGUGAUGCCGCUAAGCUUUUAAAAUAUUCGGAAACUCGUGGCUGGAACGGCUCUCAGACAGUCAAAUUGAGAAGUAAGGAGACUACUAUAGAUUAUAGGUACAUGCCUGACCCCGAACUGCCUUGCAUCACACUGUCUGCAGAAGCAGUCAAAGGAGUAAAAGAAUCUUUACCCAUACUACCAGAUAAAAUCCUUCACCGUUUGAUGGCUUCACCCUAUGACUUAUCAUUGAAAGAUGCCAAGAUACUCGCCAUUAAUGCAAAUGGCCACGACCAACAAUAUAACCAAGGAGAACUACUCAAUUUCUACAUUGAGACCUUUGCGCAGUAUACUGCUCUGGUUGGAUCAAGCUUUAACGCAAAGCUACCAACGAAUUGGAUUAUUCACGAACUUUUGGGAAACUUAAACAAACUCGAAUUUCCACUGAGCUCAGCGUUAAUCGCGCUGCCUCCUUCCAACUUUGCUGAGCUUUUGAACCUUAUACAUGCGAAGAAAAUUUCAAGUGCAAGUGCCAAGCUUCUUUUAUUCCAUAUUCUAGAAGCCGCAAAACGAUCAGAUGUCGUGGAACCUGUGAAUCUACAAGAACUGAUAGCUAACUUCGAGCUUGACGCAAUCCAAGAGGUGGACCCCGAGGAACUGAGGAACAUUUGCUUGCAGAUAAUCUCAGAAGUUAACAGUCCAAAGUUACUUGAAGGAAUUGCGAGUGGCAAAAAGAAGGGCCCCUUGAAGUACUUGGUGGGCCAAGGCAUGCGCCUUUCCCAAGGUCGCAUCAAACCUCAGCUUUUUGAAGACACCUUCAAACAACUGCUGGGUGUUGAAUGGUAA